AAUUCCAUGAAGAAGAAGAAAAUCGAAGACGAAAAAGCCAAGCCCGUUACGUCAUAAAUUUGCGGCUCACCACGCGCUGGAACGCUGUAAUAACUGUGUUUUACCGGUGCUGGUGAUCGGGGUUUCAGUUCCUUGGACUGCCCAUGAACAGCUCCAUGGCCGCGUCCUCUCACCGGAUAACGCUGGGCCCGCUGGUUGCUGCUAUCGACCAGGGGACGAGCUCCACUCGGUUUCUGGUGUUUAAUUCAAAAACCGCAGAGCUUCUCAGCCAUCAUCAAGUGGAAAUCAAACAGAGCUUCCCCAAGGAAGGAUGGGUGGAGGAAGAUCCCAAAGAAAUUCUGCAGUCGGUGUAUGAAUGCAUGGAACGCACGUGUGAAAAACUCAUGCAGCUAAAUAUUGACAUUUCCAACAUUAAAGCUAUUGGAGUGACAAAUCAAAGAGAGACAACACUUGUAUGGGACAAGGAGACCGGGGAGCCCCUCUACAACGCCAUCGUGUGGCUGGACCUCCGAACUCAGUCAACGGUUGAGCGUCUUAUCAAUAAAACGCCUGGAAGGAACAAGAACCAUUUACGACAUAAAACAGGUCUCCCGAUCAGCACCUACUUUAGCGCUGUGAAGCUUCGGUGGCUGAUGGACAAUGUGGAUGAGGUCCACAAAGCCGUUGUGUCUCACCAUGCCAUGUUUGGAACCGUGGACUCCUGGCUCAUUUGGUGUUUGACCGGUGGGAAGUCUGGAGGAGUCCAUUGUACAGAUGUGACCAAUGCCAGCAGAACCAUGCUCUUUAAUAUUCAUACAAUGGCCUGGGACCCAGAACUUUGCAAAUAUUUUGGGAUUCCAAUGGAGAUCUUGCCUAGAGUGAGGAGCUCAUCAGAAAUAUAUGGUCUAAUGAAAAUAAGUUCUUGCUGGAAAUCCGGGGCCUUGUCUGGUAUUCCCAUCUCAGGGUGCCUUGGGGAUCAGUCAGCAGCUCUUGUCGGCCAGAUGUGUUUUCAAGAUGGACAAGCCAAAAACACGUAUGGGACUGGCUGCUUUCUCUUACGAAACACUGGAUCAAAGCCUGUUAUGUCCGAUCACGGUCUGCUGACGACUGUUGCCUACAAACUCGGUCGGGACAAACCUGCCUGUUAUGCACUGGAGGGAUCUGUGGCUAUUGCUGGAGCAGUGGUUCGAUGGCUGCAAGACAAUCUUGGAAUCAUCUGCUCAUCCGAAGAGCUUGAGAAGUUGGCCGCAUCAGUCGGAACCUCCUACGGCUGUUAUUUUGUUCCUGCAUUUUCUGGUCUCUAUGCUCCGUACUGGGAGCCCAGUGCCAGAGGGAUAAUUUGUGGAUUAACUCAAUUUACUAACAAGAGACACCUGGCAUUUGCUGCACUGGAAGCCGUCUGUUUCCAGACACGAGAGAUACUGGACGCCAUGAAUCAGGAUAGCGGCAUCCCUCUAACUCAGCUGCAGGUUGAUGGAGGAAUGACUUCCAACAAACUGCUGAUGCAGCUGCAGGCUGACAUUCUCUGCAUCCCUGUCGCAGGUGGCAGCAAGAGACCACAAAUAAACCCCAAAGGAAUUUCUCUUGUGAAGCCAUCCAUGCCUGAGACCACGGCUCUUGGAGCAGCGAUGGCAGCUGGAGCGGCAGAGGGGGUGAGCGUGUGGAGCCUGAACCCAGAGGACCUGAGCGAUGUUACAUCGGAGAAGUUCGAUCCUCAGAUCAACCCUGAAGAGAGCGAGUUUCGAUACGCAAGGUGGAAAAAAGCGGUUGAGAAAGCCAUGAACUGGGAAACGACACAGCCUGCAGUUAAUGGAAACGGUAAACCAAGUAUCUUCAGCAGUAUCCCUCUGGGGUUUUAUAUCAUUGGCAGCAUGUUGAUGUUAAUUGGGGCAAAAUACAUCACAGGCCAGGACUAGUUGUCGGAGUCCCAGAGGAGGUGAACGGGAGAAUAAAAUGUAAACAAACAUCUGACCACCACUUGGAUUUUGUUGCACUCUGCUCUAAAGCCAUUCCAGAAAAAUCAAGACAGCUCUGAACAGAAAAAAAAUAUUUUUUAUUCUUAUUCUUUGUAUAGCUGUUGCCUAUUAGACCAUAUUUGCAUGCAAGAGACUCAUUUAGUUUGUUGUUGCGUUUUUCUAGUGUAGAUGUACAUUUUCAUCGUAUUUAUGUAGAAACUAACUAAAGCUAAUGUUAUUUAAGUAUGUGGUCUAAUUUAUAUUAAGUGUCACACCACUGUCAACCUUUUGUAUAUUUUGAUGUUUUGAAACCUCACAAAUGAGCUUGGUUUGUAUUAGUGCACUUUAAUUGUUUGGUUUAGUUUCAUAUUUACAUGUUUAGAUGUGUGGGAUAGUAGCAGGAAAAGUCAAGGAAAGAUGUCUAGAAAACUCAAAGCCUUUAAUCAAGAUGAAGGUCUGUGUGAUUUAAUUUCUGUGUUAAAGCAUUGUAAAUGACACAAACUUUAGAAAAAAUGGGUAGUAGGAUUUUUGCAUAUUAAGAUAAUAAGAAAACAUGUCAAAUAAAAAUACAACACUUAAAAAUCAAAUAAAUUUAUUUAGAACCUUAGUGUCCAGAUGUAAUGCCUCUCAAGUCUGAAAUCCAAUUUAUUAAUAUCAAAUGUUGGAAAAAUAAAACAUGCAACCCUUUCCCAGCAGCUUGAUUUUGUGGAAAAGUAUUGAGUUAAUUAGAUUUUUUUAAAACUCCCCUAAAGUAAAUAUUUUAGUAUUAACACUUAUACAACCUAAAUUCAGUACUGACUUCCUUUCAUUGUAGUUCUGGUUUGAGGAGUUGAAUUUGUCAGCCGAUCCUGUUCAUCUGUUGAUUUCUGCAACGACAUUGGGGGCCAGUGUUUCUUUCUGGUGUCAGAACAAAGUCUUGAUUUUUGUGUGUGCAUAUAUAAUGCUUUUGUAAAUUCACACUUUUAUUAAAAAGUCUGUAAAAAG